AGUGGGUAUAUUCCCCACCUGAGCUAACCAAGCGAGAGGUUGCGGGAUAAAGCCCAAUCUCUCUCCUUCCCACAUAAUUCCACUUCAAUAGUCCACUUAACAAUGGCAGCAACUGCGUGCAGCAGCAGAACCUGUCACGGCGUUUCUCCUAUAUUCUCCUCCUCGUCCUCCACCACAUUCAAAGCUCAAGGACCCGUUUCUUUCCUUCCUUGCCCCAACUCCUUCAGACCCAAUUUUCCUUCAAAUCCUACUCUCAAAUCCUCCAGUUUGAAGAUUUCACACAGCACAAAGAAAUCAUCCAAGCAUGUGUUCCGGGUGCCUAUAAUUUUUUGUUUGGUGGAAGAUGAUUCUGAAGCAUACCCAGAAUCAGAACAGUCCUCUGUUCACCGUGGUUCGCCUAGGGACGCAGCUAUCAACAUAAAACUCCCAAGAAGAAGUUUGUUAGUACAUUUUACCUGUAAUGCGUGUGGUACAAGAUGUCAAAAGCUCAUAAAUAGAUUAGCCUAUGAACAAGGGACUGUUUUUGUACAGUGUUCAGGAUGUUUCCAGCAUCACAAAUUAGUUGACAAUCUCGGACUUGUGGUUGAGUAUGACUUCCGGGAGGAAAUAGGGGUGGAUUCAAAUGCAGAUCAAAAUUGACACAAGAUAUUUCAGUUGUUUUGGUUUUUGUUCUUGAAAAUAUUGUUCUGUGAUGGUAGUUGUUGUCCCAAAAAAAUACAUUUUGAUUCAAUUGCAGCAACACAUGAUGGGUAAAGAAAUCAAAACUGACAAAAAUUCUGCCGGUAUCUUGGAUCAUCUUUUUUAUUAUACUUCUUUAUGCCUACAAACAUUUUAGUCGAUCGCGUGCUAUAAACAUCUCUUCUAGCCUAUGACUGCCAGCAGAACAACAACAGCCAAUCCAGCAUCCACCCACAUUCUAGAUCUUCCUCCCAGCUGCAGAAGUGAUACUCCUUUGUUCUGUAAUGAAAAAAAAGGUGUCAUUAACUUUAGCAAAUACUUACCCAAAAAAAAAAAAAAAAAUUUAGCAAAUCUAGGUACUUGAUCCAUCCACCGCAAUUAGUUCAAUUGGGACAUGGAAAACAGAAAAUAGCAGACAGAUUACCAAAUUUUGAGAUGGUGAUGGAGCUAGUGUUGUGUCGUCUGAAUCCGUAGUUGUAGGUGGUGAUGGAGGGCUUUGGACAGUUGGUGCUGGAGCUGGUGCAUGAUGAUGCCUCCUGUGCUUGUGCUUGUGCUUCUUUUUCUUGUGUUUGCCAGGGGAUGGUGCAGGUGAUGGUACCAGUACCGGUGUUGGGGCUGGUGGCACUGUUGGGGGUGAGGGCACUGGUGCU